UCUCUCCCAUUUUCCCCCUCCUCCUCCUCCUCCUCUAGGGUUUAUCCACCGGCGGCGGCGGCGGCGAGAUGGUGCAGCGCCUGACGUACCGGAAGCGGCACAGCUAUGCCACCAAGUCCAACCAGACGCGGGUCGUCAAGACCCCAGGUGGCAAGCUCGUGUACCAGUACACCAAGAAGAGGGCGAGCGGGCCCAAGUGCCCCGUGACCGGCAAGAAGAUCCAGGGAAUUCCCCACCUCAGGCCUGCUGAGUACAAAAGGUCCAGGUUGUAUAGGAACCGCAGAACUGUGAAUCGUCCCUAUGGUGGAGUGCUAUCUGGAACUGCUGUUCGGGAAAGGAUCAUCCGUGCUUUCUUGGUGGAAGAGCAGAAGAUUGUGAAGAAAGUCUUGAAAAUACAGAAAACCAAGGACAAGUCAGCCUCAAAGUAGAACUCUUGGAAGUGGAAGCAAGACGCCGUGCUGUAAACAAGGAAAACAUUUUUGUUGAUGGUGAUGAUCAAUGGUCUAGCCUCUUCUAGCUGAAUGUUUUAGUAUAACUGUCGAGUUUGGAGUACUUGAAAUCCUUCUACCAUUGUGAUGCACUUGAUGUCAAAUGUUGUGAGGCAUUUGAUCCGCACUUUUGUUCACUUAGUACUUGGAAUGAAUUUUACUUACUUGAGCUGGUGUUUUGUUUCU